AAUGACCCACGUUUUAUUAGGCAUUCUCAUACGAACGAUACACAUCAGGUUGGGGUUUGUCUGCUGACUUGAGCCGAAACACAGCCUGGACAUUUCAGGGCCGGUCUGAACUACACAUGCUAACCUUAUGAUACAUAUUCCAUUUGUAUUCAAUCUUUAUUAGGCUACAAAAGUUGAACUAUCUGUCCAAAAAUAUAAUAAUGAACAAAAAUACAGCAUGGGAUAAAAACAUGGAAAACGAGAGGGGAGGGACAAACACAGACUGGUAGAAAGACAUAAACAUAAGUUGACCUUACUGUUUGUUAACUUGGUAUCCAAUGCAGGUGGGAGUUGUAUUUUAUCAAAGUUUUUAUCUGAAUUAUUAUUGGCUUUGAUAUGAUCAUAUAUAUAUAUAUAUAUAUAUCACAUUUGUAUAGACUAUAGACAAAACUUUUAUAAAACAUGUAAAAAGCAACCACUAUUCAUGUUCCAGAAAUUUUGUUAUAACUCUUACACCCUUGCUUUUAGUGAACCACAUUUUAUAUUCCUCCCGUAUAUAUCAUUGGCUACACAUACAUUCAAAAGAUACAACCUCAAUAGACGAGAGAGAUCAGCUGGAAUGUAGACUCGAUCACCAAACAAAGAUACUAAAUCAUUCCAGGAAAUACAAAAUAGGAAUGAAAAAAUGCAUAAUACACAUCAGGUUCUGAAGAGUGUUUAAUGGGACCCACUUUUACAAAUUUUGGAACAUGAAUAGUGGUUUUUAAGAAAAACAAAAAUGGAAAAAACAAAGAUCACGAUGGUUGUCACAAAAUGUUUUCGUUUGAUUAAAGGAUUUGGGGUGGGUAGGGUCUUAUAACCUACACUUUUCACAUGCAUUCUUAAACCCUAUUUCUACUGCAUCUCCAUGUGCUUCCCCUCACGUCUCUACCCCCUCUUCUAUGAUUUUAUAAAAACAUUUAGUAACAAUAAAAAUGUAUACAUCAUUUGUUUUCUAAUAUCUUUAGCUAUAUAUGACCAAAUUUUAAAAUAUUUCCAUAUACUUACGGCUCAGACAUAUCCAAUUUUUUUUAGAAAUAGUAUCGUUUGUAUUUAUUAAAAUAGCAUAGUAGGAUUUGUUCAACAAUAAUUUAUUGUACUUGUUUUGAUUAAAAUAUGAGUUUCAUUGAAAGCAAUUCUUGAGAAUAUGCUAUCUUGGUAUAAAGUAAUGGUACCAAACUACAGUUGCUAUUUGGAUCCUUUUUAUAUUUAUCUAUUUCCUUCCUUCGAAUAACUCAUAAGAUAGGGGAUAUAACAACUCUACUUUUUAUGAUAGAAAAAAAAUACAAAUGUGGUGUUCUAUCUUGAUCCUUCAAAAUACAGAAUCUAAAAUUGUUCUGUGGUAUUAAUUAUGUGAUUGCAUUUAUGAAUUGAUAUGAUAUCUUUUGGUUGUUUCAGAAAAGGCAAUCAAGAUGAUGAAUGCCGAAAUAUAUGGCUUCAUCAUCAUCAGUAUGAUGAUUUCACAUGCUAUUGAGUAUUUUCAAUGAGUCGUUUUGCAUUUUAUCAUUAUUAAGGGCUGUUAUUUGAGGACCCAUUUUGGUCGCACCAAUUAAAUCAAUUUGAGCUUUAUAAAAUCUUGAAAAAUAAUCUGAGAAAAUCACAACGUCUAAUUAAUUAUUUUUAAAAUCAAAAUGGGGUCCUUAAGAAGUCUGAGUUUCAAUUAAUGCUUCUAUACUUUUAUACCAAGAGGUCUGAGUUUCAAUUUCUGGAGAAAACAGAAUUAUGCAAAUUAAAAGAUAAAAUACAAGGAGUACCGCCAAACAUUAGUUCCAUAGGGCGAUUCAAAUGAUACAAUCAGACGUGAAUUCUCAUACGACAGGUAGAACUGUCGGCUGUAGAAUCAUCUGUAAUAUUUCGCAUAGUUGUAAUAUUAUAAUUAUCCAGCGUUAAAAAAAUUGGGGUGUUAAAUAAUAUCAUUUUUCUGACGUCAACUUUUGUUAUUUUGGAGAAAAAGUUAUACUACUAGACUAUUAUUACCUGCCAAAUAAUAUUCCAGUUAAGUUGGUUGGUAGUUGGAGGUCAAACUUAAAUCGGAAAACGUCGCCUAAAAAUCUGGGGGCAUAAGCAACAACUUAUAAACCAACGGCUACCACUACUGGCUUUGAUUUUGUCCACUUGAUUUUGCUGAUUAAUAUAACUCAACUGGAUUGAUUAAAUAUUAAGUAAGUAUAUUAAUCAUUAAUCUAUGUCCGGAUAAAUAGAUAACUCUUUUAUUAUCCCAUGUUUAAAAGAAAUCAUUCAAAAUAUAUGAUAAAAAAAGUUUCCAUCUAUUUUUGUUCUUCAUAUUUUAAAUUCUAUAUAUUCAGAAUGAAAAUAGUUUCAAAAAAUCCACAUAAUAAAUAUUUUUUUUUACAUAAUAAAUAUUAUAUACAUCUAUAUGCAGAUAUAUUCAUCAUUCAAGUUAGUAGAACUUUUAUUCUGUACUAGUCGUCUACUCGUCUUAUUUUCCAUGAUUAUCAUCUGGAAUCAUCAAAUUCAUUGAUUAUCAAAGUAUGAGAAUAUAACUGGCUCAACAUGUACAUAAAGCUCCAGGAUUUUACUCCAACUGGGAAUCAUAUUUAUGAUAAAACGUCAUCAUUUUUUUUUGACAACAUAAAACGUCAUGAUUUAUUCUGUACCUCUAUUGAAAUUGAGAUCGAUGUACAUUAUAAUUUAUUACAUAUAUCGAUUAUUGUUAGUCUCUUGCCGAUAUUACAAAACUGAAACCACAUGGUAAGUAAAAACUUAAAUUUGCAUGAAAAUGUUCCCAUUGAAUGAAUAUGUUGUCGUAAAUGAGUGGAGAAAGAGACGAAAAAAAACUUAAUGGCGGACCAACACAUGGGACUACUAGAGUUUAGGGAGCAUAUACCACCUUUCGUAUAAAUAAAAGUAUAAAUGUAUACAUACGUAUACAAGAUCAAUUUAGUGAGCCAAUACAAUUUCUUAAGUGAUUUGAUGUCGGUAUGACAUUACAUUGGAUCCCCACUUGUCUCUCUUCGUUUUUUUUUGUUCUUGAAUUUCAUUUUGCUUGUUUUCCAGUUUUACGUUUACCAUUCUAAUCUUAUUUUAUUAAAUAUUAUAUAAGUCAAAGUUACAGGUUCUGAUAAGAUAAUUUUGUAUAAUGUCACAGCUUUCGUAUAAAUAAUGAUUUCUAAUUGCCAUGUUUAGUCUCUAAAGGGGAUAUGGUCAUAACAAGGGACGGUCCGGCGGUGACGGAAACGCGUAAAGGCUAAUCAUUUAACGACACUAAAAUACCAUUAUUUAAUGAGUAAGUCCACAACGAUAUUUUUCCUUUCUUAUCCCGAUUAAUUUAUAAAAUUGUUAUUUAAUAUACUCAAAUCCUAGGAAACGAACAAAUAAGCUCAAAAUUUGGUCAAUUUGUAUGUAUACAGAAUUGGAAGCUUUUGAAAGCAUACAAUACUAGAUUAAACUUUUUCUUUCAAAAAAAAAUACUAAGAUUUAUUGAUGUAUGUGUGAAUGCAAUAAUAAAUGGAAGUUCAAUGAUGGAUAACACAACACAUAGUAUAAAGCGCUAUUUGCAAUGUAUUCAAUAAUUAUUCUCAUCAAAUAAUAGCUGACUGAUUAUUAGAGACGUAUUAAAAUACAAUUAAAAAAAGUUGCUUCACAUGUCUUAACGAACAUUUACUAAAACUACGUAAAAAGUCUCACAGUUUCUGAUUCUGUUGUCAUCUAUAUAUAUCUCUUAACAUACCCAUUGCUUCUCAAAACAUAUCUCACUCUUAACCAUCUUAAACCCUAAGUUCGAAAUCUCUUCUUUUUUCUCUCUACACUCUCUUCUGACAUUAUUUCUCUCUUCGACCAAAAUCUUGUGACCUAAAAUCAGAAAAAUGAAACAGCUUUCGACAAAAGUUACAAGCAAUGGUCAUGGACAAGACUCAUCCUACUUCUUGGGAUGGGAAGAGUACGAGAAGAAUCCUUACGAUGAGAUGAAGAACCCUAAUGGGAUGAUCCAGAUGGGUCUUGCUGAAAACCAGCUAUGUUUUGAUCUCAUCGAGUCAUGGCUAGCUAAGAACCAGGACGCAGCUAGUCUCAAGAGGAACGGUCAGUCCAUUUUCAGAGAGCUUGCUCUCUUUCAAGACUAUUACGGCAUGCCUGAAUUCAAAAAAGCCAUGGCUGAGUUCAUGGAAGAGAUAAGAGGAAACAGAGUCACUUUCGAUCCGAAAAAGAUUGUGUUAGCCGCUGGUUCGACCUCUGCGAACGAGACUCUCAUGUUCUGUCUCGCUGAGCCUGGUGAUGCUUUCCUUUUGCCUACUCCUUACUAUCCUGGAUUUGAUAGAGAUCUUAAAUGGAGAACCGGAGCUGAGAUUGUACCAAUCCACUGCUCAAGCUCCAAUGGCUUUCAGAUCACUGAAUCAGCUCUACAACAAGCUUACCAACAAGCCCUUAAACUUGAUCUCAAAGUCAAAGGAGUUCUUGUCACAAACCCAUCUAACCCACUUGGCACUGCGUUGACCAGACGUGAACUUAAUCUUCUCGUUGACUUCAUCACUUCCAAGAACAUUCAUCUCAUCAGCGACGAGAUCUACUCAGGCACUAUGUUCGGGUUUGAACAGUUCAUAAGCGUAAUGGAUGUCUUGCAAGACAAGAAACUCGAAAACACCGAGGUUUCUAAAAGAGUCCACAUCGUCUAUAGCCUUUCCAAAGAUCUAGGGCUUCCUGGCUUCCGCGUGGGAGCGAUCUACUCCAACGACGAGAUGAUCGUCUCCGCAGCGACAAAAAUGUCGAGUUUCGGUCUUGUCUCUUCUCAGACUCAGUACCUUCUCUCUGCAUUGCUCUCGGACAAGAAGUUCACAAGCCAAUACCUCGAGGAGAACCAGAAACGGCUCAGGUCCAGACAGAAACGCCUAGUGUCUGGUCUUGAGUCCUCGGGGAUUACUUCCCUGAGAAGCAACGCGGGUUUGUUCUGUUGGGUCGACAUGAGACACCUCUUGGACACGAACACGUUCGAAGCAGAGCUCGACCUAUGGAAAAAGAUUGUUUACAACGUGAAACUAAACAUCUCUCCCGGUUCGUCUUGCCACUGCACUGAACCGGGUUGGUUUAGGGUUUGUUUCGCUAAUAUGAGCGAGGAGACACUCGAUUUGGCCUUGAAGAGGCUCAAAACGUUCGUGGAGUCUACAGACUGUGGACGGAUGAUAUCAAGAAAAAGCCAUGAGAGGCUCAAGAGCUUGAGGAAGAAGACAGUCUCUAACUGGGUUUUCCGGGUUUCAUGGUCAGACCGUGUACCUGAUGAGCGAUGAAACUAUUCAUCUCCCUGAGUAUGAGACUACAAAUUAAACGAAAAUAACUUCAAGGUUUUUUCUUCUUCUUUAUUUCCUUCAUUUUUUUUUAAUAUUUUGGAAGUAUUUUUAUUUCCAAGGUAUCUAUAAUAUCAUUAUAUAUGUGUAAUAUUCAUAAAUGUCUGGGUGAGUUUUAAUGCAUUUUUUCGGGUGUAACCUUGUUGCUCUAAGUGUUGUUUUUUUUUUUUUGAAACUUUACUAUAAGUGUUGUUAUACGUGUCUAAAAUGCACUCAGUCCGAAUGUGGACUUGCAGUGGCUAUAUAUUUAUUAUUUCCCGUUGUAAUUUUAAUAAAAUGUUUGCGUGUAUUGUGUAAUUCACUCUACUUAAUAGAUAUUAUAUUUGAAUUUGUAAAUAUGUGUUUCUCCAUCGUGAAGAGAAAAAUGUGUUUCCUUAAUUUGGGUUAAUUUCUGAAUCGGUUGACAUGCAAUCACCUUUGGCUAUAAGUCUUAUGAUAAUCGUUAACGUUAGUUAAGGACGUUAGUAGACAUAUAUCAAGGAGGCAUAUAAUUUACAACGUUAGUUAACUGAUUAAUACAGCUUAAUAUUGCAAUGGAGGGAAUUGGUAAACUGAGGAAGCAAAUUAGGAAAGUCAAAGGAGACGUCUUUUAUGUGAAUCGAGGAAGAGAGCAUGAUCUCUUUGUUCAAAAUGUUCCAUGAAGCCAAAUUGAUAAAUGAAUUAAACAAAUUGACAAAUAAAUCUUCAAUGAUAUAGCUAUAUAUCAAAAAGAUAGAUGAACAAUCGAUUUUUACUGCAUUUAAAACAUAUAUUUGGAUCGUUUUACAACUGUAUAAAAUGACGACUCUUACUAAAGCGAUGCUAACAAAUACCAUGGUCCAGUGAUUACAAAUUUACAAUGAUUAGAGAUUUGAACAUUACAACACAGUUCCAAUCAUAGCUACUGAAAUCAAUAAUUUCGCAAACUAAAAAAAGGCUCCAAUCAUUUAAGAGAAAAAGCAUUAUAACCAUUUUAUUUAUUUUCUGUAAAUUAUUUCGGAGGGAUAAAGUAGGAUAAAGUGUCACAUAAUAGCCUAAUCAUUAUAUAAGAUACCGGUCAAAGGUUAUAUGAUGCUAAAAGCCUAUUAUAGAUAGAAAUAGAAUAUAUACAUAUCAAACAACUAAUUUUUUCUUUUUUUUUGAAAAUGCCAUGAGCCUUGUUGGUACUACGAACACUAGGAACUAUAUAAAAUACAACUUUGCUAACCGAAACUUAUUUAACUUGAGCAUAAUAUGCGGCCACACAGGCCAUAACGGCAAAUGAUCCUUACAUGUGAUGAGCAUUAAUCUGGUGGUUGAGUCCCCAAAGACCUGUCUGAAAUAAUUAAUAAUUCGAUUAAAAAUUGUACUAAUUUAAAGAUAUGUAUGUAUUUUGAGAAAUAAGAGAUUGAGAAUUUGGUUGGAUUUGAUAAUCCGUGAUUGAGUAUUGUACUUGAAAGUCUUAAUUGCAUAUGACCGACCAUAACUAUACAAACUGAGAUUUGUGUAGUCGUUGUACCAGAAAAUUUUCGUCGUUUAUCAUGGUCGUUAGUAUUACUUCCAAAUAUAUUAAACGACAAAUGGAAUGAUACUUAUGAUAUUAUAAGAAAAAAAAUUCGGUACGUCAACUUAGUUAUAUACUAAUCAUAUAGAAUUUGUUUGAUGGUAUAUAUCCUUAUGAUAUUAAAUUUUGUGAUUUAUUUAAGUUGUGUGAAUGUCAGUUCCAAGCUUAGUGUAAACCUAAUGGAAUUCCAAGUUACAUUGCUAAGUACGUAUAAAAGCCAUAUGUCAUGUAACUUAAUUAGUAAUUAUGGAAUUUAAUUAGUAAAGAAUCAUAGUCAAUAUGUAUUUUUAUACAGAGUGAGUUUCUAUGUAUCAACGUAUUGUAAAGUAUGUUUAAAAAAUGUACUGUAAAGUAGAAGAGAAUAAAACUAUAUUGAAACCUCAUUAACAAAAAAAAAGAAGAAGAAGUAGAAGACUAUAUAACAUGUCAAGUUUGAACCAAGCUUUGAGUCACGUGGGCUUCACGAGUAAGCCAUAUCACAUGCCAUAAGACAUAAACAUAUAACAUCUUCUCCAUAUACAUAUACAAUGAUCAGAUUCAUAUACAUAACAAACAUGAAUUGUGAAAUUUGGUUUAUCUCCAUCACUGACUCCAACCAAUAGGACAAAUCACUUGGAUAAUUACAUAAACUAAACGCAUGGCCCGUUUGAUGUCCUUCAUAUAUGCAUGAGGGGCCAUCUACGCAUGGCUUUGUUACUUACAUGACACACCCUGUGCAUCAGUACACAGUUUUUUAGAGGACAAACAUGACGCCUAGUAUAAAAUACCGGAAUCAAAAUGCUAAUAUGGCAUGAGGGCCACGUUAGCUUUUUCUCGUACUUGAUGCAUAGCUUAUGAGUCGGGAAGUCACUUAACCUUUUCUUAUAGACGGGCAUAUUUCCACUUUUUAUUAUAUUUAAUUACCGUAGAACUUUAAUCAAUGUUGUGCUUUGUGUAUACAUCCACUUAAUAUGUGUGCAAUUACGAAGAUUCAUCGCACAUCUGUUACUUAGAAAACAAGAAUCAAAUCACUCAGAGAUUUGUUUCUUUGGCUUAGAUGCACCGGCGUGAAUUAUAAUAUAGAGUCGUCGGAUUAAUGCUCAUGGAGUCUAUCAAUGUUCAUCCUCUUCUUCCCACCUUUUUAAACAUUGUUUAUACUCUCAAAUUAAUCUCUUUGUUUAAUUGACUUUUUUGUUGAUUUUUUCUCCAAAGAAGAAAUUUAGUGGCUCUUCCUCCCUUCAAACCUAAGUAAUUUAGUGACAUAUGAUGCUUAAUCCUCAAAUUUAAACCCACCACUUGAGUAUUUGCUUUGACUUCUGCUCUUCUGGUCAAGUAACUAAUGGGCUUUUAUGAGCCUUAACGAAACAUAUUGAUCAUAUCUAAUAAUGUACCUUAUGUUUUUCAUUUAUACGGGCUUUCAUGGGCUUUACUAGCGUUUUAAAACGAAAAAAAAAAAGAGUUUGAUUCGAAGGUCAUUUGCGGGAUGUUUUGAUCUGGAUUUUACUUAAAGUAGCUGAAAUUUAAAGUAGUGGAAAGUAAUAUAAAUAAAUAAUAGUAAAUAUAUUAUGAAAAUAAUUAGUGGAAAAUAUUUUAUCAGUUUAUUUAAAGUAGCUGAAAUUUCCCCGUAUCCCUUUCCUCCAUAAGUAGAUAACAAGAAAUAGCCAAAUCUCGUCUGCGUGAUGGAAACAAUAUAUUAAUUAAUUAAAAGUUAAAAGUACGUAGAAAACAAUCAGAGGAGGCGACAUCACUCCCAUUAGCCAUAACCAUUUCCACAAAAAACGUUACACUAUUUUAUGUAAAUAAAAACAAAAUUCCUAACUUUUAUAUGGACAGAAAACAGAAACACAAAGUUGAAAAGAUGAUUAUUAUUAUAAAAAGGCAAAAAAAUUAGUGAGUGUCAGCAUCAGCUGCAUUAUAUAAAUUUAUAAAUUGUCAAGUACGUUGGUUCCUUUUUGACAAUGGUCCAACUUUAGUGGCUAAACAAAGAAAAUAAAAUUAUAAAAAUAUACAACAGGUCGUCGUGGGGCGAAUUGUCGCAAGGCUAAUCAAGGUUUCAUAUGGUGUUGUUUUACUUAUCGUCUAGAGGUUUGACAGAAUGUACCAUUAAUCAAUUAAUUAAAUUAAUCAUAAGUGAGUCCGUAUAUUCAUGCAUCUAUGGUGUCUCUAGUUCUUUUUUUUUUGAACAGCAGUGUCUCUAGUUCUUAUAACGUUUUGCUCCUUGAACUAUUCUCAAAGAUAAUUAUUCCAUUUUCCUUCUUUUCGUGUAUUGCUUUAUCUAGACCCAAGAAGUGUAUAAAUAUAUUAUUAAUGUUUAUAUGAUUAUAUCCAAAUAUAAUUAUUUAUUUAUAUGCAUAGUUUCAAUAAAAUCCAUCGGUUCAGUUAUUCUUUAAAAAAGAAGAAGAGAAUAGUUGGAGUAUUUAGUUAAAUGUAUAUUAUCAAAAGAGAAUAACACUAAAAAUGUUAUAUGGCUAAGCUAAGUAUAGCAUACAUUUAGACCAAAAAAAGUAUAGCAUACAGGUACAUGGCCAUGACACGUCUCGCCAUCCACUAAUGCAAGUGCUUACAUACAUAAUCUUCAUCACUAUCUCUAGAGUUCCUGCCUAGGGUACGAUUAUUUAAUUUAAUUACUUUUUCGUAGUUGUGUAUCAUAAUUUGGGAAUUAAUUUAUGUAUUAAUUAGAGGCGGAUAAUUCCAUAUGAUUUGUCGUUUUUCUGUUUGUAGAGAAUGUUUGGAACAUACCAAAUGACUUGUCUUUCAGAGACUAGCUAGUUUUUCAACUAUUCUUUGGGAGCAUAUAUACUUAUGUUGUCCUUAAGUGUAUGUAUGUACAAAACUGAAAUCAACAAAAAAUUCCACUCUCUUAAUUAUUAAAUAUUGACGUAUAGUUUAUCAGUCAAGCACGGCGCAAUAAACCAUAAAAAUGUCAUUUUCUAUAGCUAGAGGUUUUAAGUGUAGCUGCCUGUUAGAUAUUGUUAGGUUAACUGGUCGUCAUAUCAUUAGUUUCACUAAAAAAAUGACUUUUUUUUAGGUUUGAAUGGGCAAAGAUAUGUGCAAAACUCAAACAGAGAGAGGUAAUUUUGAGUGACAUCAUUUGAUUCUGUGAUCUUUGAGACCAAACUGUCUAGAGAUGGUUUCAAAGCUGUGCGUACACUUUCGUUGAAUUGGUAAGAGUGGGAAUUCUUAGGGUGAAAUUUUUAGUGGAAUAUAAGAAAUUGUCUCUUAACUUUUAACCAAAAAAAAAUGAACCAAUUCUUAAAUAAGAUAUUUAAGAUCCGGUUCUUAGUUUUUUUAGUUAAAAAUUAAUAGACGGUUUCUUGUAUUCCGCUAAAAAUCUCACCCUAAAAACUUCCCAUUAAUCAUGCUCGAAAAUAACUCUUCUUCAUUUUGCUAAGUAUUUGUUUAUUUAUCUAUUUAUUUAUUCAGUCAUUUAUUAACAGUCUAUAAAAGUAAAAGAAGAACCAAUUCAUACAUAUGUACUUUUAAUUAUAGUUUAACACAUUAACGUUUUUUUUAAGCAAAGAUAUUAAUGGUUGCAGGUACAUUUUACAUUACAAAACGGGGAGAUCUGAGUAGCACAAGUCGCAUUACACUAGGGGAAAGGAUAUUUUAUAUUAAUUUAUUAGACAAUUAAAAUACUAACUAUGAAAGCAAAAUAAUUAAAUAAAUGACAGCUAACACAUAUAGUUGUGCAUACACACACUUAUGUAUUCGAGUGUUUGUCGGAGUAUCUCUGAUCAGACAAAGCCAUAUAGAUUCAACCAUGUAUGGUACGCUACCAACUAUUUGUAUAAAUACGCACGCAUUUAUAUGUGCACUACCACAAAAAGUUACACAAAUAACUGAAUAACAUAGGUUACUUAAUUUCUGACCAGAUCAUAGCAUGAGGUAGCUGUAAUUAGCCAAAUGAUAAAA